AUGCAUAUCCGACUUGCUUCUGCUAUUCCGCGCACAGUCGGGAUUCGUCACUGGCCGCCCACUAGCCACGGCCAGUUCAGCUCGGCCCGACCAUUUUCAACCACACAACACCGCGACGCAACAUGGGGCUUUAUUGGUUUGGGACAAAUGGGCUAUAACAUGGCCAAGAACCUACGCGCCAAGAUCCCCGCAUCCGACACUUUAAUCGUGCGAGACGUGAAUGAAGCAGCCACUGAACGCUUUGUAAAGGAAGCACAGGAGAUCGCACAAAACAGCGGAGCCGGGGCCGACGAGUACAAAGUGGAGAUUGCCACAGAUGCGCGAGAAAUCGCAGAGAAGUCGAGCGUGGUUAUCAGCAGCCUCCCUGAGCCCCAGCACUUAAUCGAUGUGUUUCAUUCUAUUCUAAAGCCUGGCAAACUCCCGGCCCUGGAGCAGGAACGCCUAUUCAUCGAUACCUCGACUGUCGAUCCUGUCACGUCCAAGGAGAUUGCGAAUGCUAUUCACUCCACCCAGACCGAUCGAUUUGUGGAUGCUCCUGUCUCUGGCGGUGUGGUUGGUGCCAAGGCUGGUACUCUGUGCUUUAUGUUUGGAGCGUCACAGACGGACGACUCAGUGGAGUUCCUUGACCGGAUUAAAGGUGUCUUAUCAUUCAUGGGCAAUAGGAUGUGGCACCUCGGCGAACCUGGGUCUGGGGUUUCAGGAAAACUCGCCAACAACUACAUUCUGGCCAUCAAUAACAUUGCUACCGCUGAAGCGAUGAACCUUGGCGUACGUUGGGGCUUGGACCCCAAGGCGCUAGCAGACAUGAUCAACUCUUCUACUGGGAGAUGCUGGCCCUCCGAGGUUAACAACCCGGUACCUGGAGUAGUUGAGACUGCACCUGCAUCCCGUGAUUACAACGGGGGAUUUGGGGUGGCGUUGAUGCAUAAGGACCUGCGACUGGCCCUGACGGCCGCAGAGAAGUCGGGUACUCCUCUGGUUCUGGGUGAUCAUGCUCGUGAAGUCUAUAAUGCCGUUGAGGCAGCUCACCGAGGUAAAGACUUCUCGGUCGUUUACCAGUGGUUACAACAAAAAUCUUCAUAG